AUGAAGAGCAGUAUUAGAAAAUCAUUUCUAUUGGAUAUCUUGUUCUGUUCAGCACUGGCUGUGGCAUUUACCGACGUUGUAUUGGAGCAAACCUGGACAUAUGAACUAAAAUCCAUAGAAACAUUUUCAUCCGAUUUGGAUAAGCUUAGAUUUGGCGAAUUUAAAGUAGAGCGUAUAAGUCGUGGCGUCUAUGCCGGAUCGGGAAGUUUUACAAUAAAUGCCGAUAUUGUUGAGGGCGAUUCUCAUAUGAUAGAAUUCCAUGCCUAUCGCAGUGAAAAUGGCAAGGACUACAAGCCGAUUCCAUUGAAAACACCCCGUCAACAUUUGUACGAGUAUUUCAAUACAUUUUAUAAGGAAUAUGCCAUGAACUCGUUGAAGAACUGCUCAAAUAUGCCGGCAUUUGAGGGCAAGUUUGUACCGCCAUUGGAGAAAAAGACCUACGUUCUGGAGAAAUGUCAAUUUGAUCAAUCGGCCUUUCCACAACAUAUGCAAGAAGGCUUCUACAAAGUCGAUAUGGCCGGCAGUGGAGAGGUUGAAUGGCAUUUCAUUUUUGUCGUUGAAAUAGAAAACAUAUAAAUG